GGCAGCCACCUAGAAACUGGAUGACUUCCUGAAGAUGGUGGAAGAGAGGUGGCACGAUCCUCACGAGGCUCAAAGGGCCACUGAUGUGAUCCUGACGUUGCACAUGAGGCAGUUUAAGUCAGUAAGGGAAGCCACCGACGCUGUUGAGCAUCUGAUAUGUGUCCCAGGGGUGCGCUAUGACCCCCAGGUCCUGCUGAUUUCGUACUUGAGAUGCUUUUCUCAGCCUCUAAGGAACCAGUUGGCAAAAGAGGCCAACAUCAAUAUGCACAACUUUCCUUUGUUUAACAGGUUGGCCCUAGACCUUGAAUCUAAGGUAGGCCAUGGACAGGCACCCACUACGAAUGGGAGGAAGGAGACACUGCCUCCUAAUUGGAAGGCGAAGGAUCGCUUAAUGUUUGUCGAUAAUGAUGGUUCCACUAUCGAAGUCGACGAACACUUCCAGGAGGGAGUAGGUUCAGAGGCAGGCAGCUUAGAAACUUCAGAGGGUGGAGUUGUCGGUGCCGUAGCUAAGAAAGGGUUGAAGCCCGAUGACGCGAAGGUGGCCAGCAUUCGUGAUUGGCCACGUCCUCAGUCUGUGACUGAGAUGAGAUCUUUCUUAGGAAUGACAGACUACUAUAGGACUUUCGUUAAGAACUACAGCAUAGUGGCCGCUCCUUUGACUUAUCUGACCCGCCUUGACACCCUAUGGGAGUGGACAGACAAGUGCGAGGCUGCUUUCAGACAUCUGAAGCAUGCGUUGACGCACUAUGAGGUUAUGAAACUUCCCGAUCCUGAUAAGCCAUUCGUGGUUACCAUGGAUGCCAGCCAAUAUGGCAUUGGCGCCAUCCUUGCGCAACAGGAGGGGCCAAAGUUGAGGCCAGUCGAGUACAUGUCGAAAAAGAUGUCGUCUCAGAAGUUGGCAAAGUCCACCUACGAGAAGGAACUCUACGCCGUGUACAAGGCUCUGACCCAUUGGAGACAUUAUCUCCUUGGGAGGAUCUUCAUCCUCAGGACUGAUCAUGAGACCCUGAGAUGGAGGAGAACUCAGCCUGUACUUUUUGACGCCCUGAAGCGUUGGAUCGAAGUCAUUGAGCAUUACAACUUCGACCCCCAGUACCUCAAAGGGGAGUACAACAAGCUGGUUGAUGCCUUGUCGCGUAGACCUGACUUCUCAGGUGCGCUGACUACUGAGUUCGAUCUCACGGACGAUGUUACUCGCUCUUUGGUGGAAGCCUAUCGCGAGGACCAGUUCAUGACUGGGAUUAUACGCAAACUUCAAGCAAAGGACAAGAAGACCUCUGUCGAGUUUGAGUUGGUCAAUGGCUUGCUGUUCCUUGAGAAGGCAGGGAAUAAAUGAUUGUGUGUUCCCAAUAGUGAGUCUUUGCGUAGUUUGUUUUUAGGCGAAUGUCAUGAUGCCACCGACCAUUUUAGGUGUAAGAAGACCGCAUCCAACUUGCUGCAGCGGUUCUGGUGGGCCCACGAUGAUGAGAGAUGCCCAGCUGUACGUGGAGACUUGUCAAGUUUGUCAACGGGACAAGCCACAUACUCAGGCUCCUCUUGGGCUUUUGAAGCCCCUUCCGAUUCCACUCGCGGUUAACGGGUACCGAAAAUUCCACCGAAUGAAGUAAAGAAGCUUGCAAAGA